CGAGACUCGUGGAGGCGGCGGCGGAGGUGGAGAAGGUUUUCGAUUCAUAUAUUCGGUGGUGUUGGCAGCCUGCAUGGCGGCGCAGGAGGCGAGAAGCGCGAAAUGUCCGCCACCAGACACGAUACCCGGCUGUCCCUGCUAUAAUUUCGAGGACGGUCUGUUCCUGGAGUGCGCCGGUGCCACCGAGGAGUCCCUAAGGAGCGCUUUGUCCGGUGUAAUACACGCUGCUGAAGGAGAAGGAACGAUAGUUCAAUCCCUAAGCGUUUACGAGUUAGACAGGAAGGUGGAGGAACUUCGACCGGCCACUUUUCCGGCUGGUUCUCAGAUCAGACACCUGCAAAUAUCGCACUCUGCGAUCCGGGAGAUAAGCGAGGAUGCGUUCAAGAGACUGGGAAAAAGUCUGGAAUCCUUGGCCCUGGUUUCCGGCCGACUGCCCCACGUGCCACAAAAAGCAAUGUCCAGCUUGAAUUCUUUAAAGGCUCUGGACCUGGAGGCGAAUCUCGUGCACGAGCUUCCUAGCUACAGUUUCUACGGUCUUUCUUUGAUCAAACUAAACCUCAAAGGGAAUCAGAUAACGAAAAUCUCGGAGUACGCGUUCGCCGGGUUAGAAGGCACGUUGACCGACUUGGACUUGGCCGAAAAUAAAAUCAGGCUGUUCCCGAUGACGUCCCUGCGCAGGCUGGAGCACCUGACUUCCUUGAGACUCGCCUGGAACGAGGUUUCCGAGCUACCGGAAGACGGCUACUCCAGGCUAGACGCCUUAAACUUUCUCGAUCUGAGCAGCAACAACUUCAAAAAGAUUCCGCUCAACUGCUUUCGCUGCUGUCCGUCCCUGAAGACCCUGUCUCUCUACUACAACGCCGUCGAGUUCGUCGACAAGGAUGCCUUCAUAUCGCUGAUAGAUCUGGAAUCGAUCGAUCUCAGCCACAACAAGAUCGUAUCUCUGGAUGUAUCCACUUUCAGAGCGAAUCAGAGGUUGAGAUCCAUCGAUCUGAGUCACAAUCACAUACACUACAUUCGCGGCGUGUUCUCGAAACUGCCAGAGCUGAAGGAGUUGUUCCUCGCGGAGAACAACAUUCUGGAGAUACCCGCGGAGACGUUUGCGGGCAGCUCGAGCUUGUCGGUGGUAUAUCUUCAGCAGAACGCGAUCAGGAGGAUCGACGCCAGAGGUCUGGCCACCCUCAGCCAAUUGGCACAGUUGCAUCUGAGCGGCAACUACAUCGAGAAAGUGCCACGGGAUUUUCUCGAGCACUGCGAGAACCUGUCGACCCUAUCGCUCGACGGGAACAACAUUCGGGAACUGGAGGUGGGUACUUUCGCCAAGGCGAAGUCGCUCAGGGAGCUACGGCUACAGGACAAUCAGAUAACCGAAGUCAAACGGGGCGUGUUCGCGCCUUUACCCUCGUUGCUGGAAUUGCAUCUGCAGAAUAACGCGAUCACGGACAUGGAAACCGGUGCUUUGAGGUCCCUGCACAGCUUGCAGCACGUGAACCUUCAAGGUAAUCUGCUCGCGGUGUUGGGCGACGUGUUCCAGGUGUCGAACGACGUUGGACAAAACGGAAACAGCGGCAGCUCGUUGGUUUCCAUUCAACUAGACAACAAUGGUCUCGGAGUCUUGCACAACGACUCCUUGAGGGGACAAGCUUCGGUCAGAAUCAUGUGGCUCGGCCACAACAGGCUGACCCGGCUACAAGCGCCUCUGUUCAGGGACCUGUUACUCGUCGAACGAUUGUAUCUGACCAACAACUCGAUCUCCCGAAUCGAGGACACCGCUUUUCAACCGAUGCAGGCGCUCAAGUUCCUCGAGCUUAGCAUGAAUCGACUGAGUCACGUGACCGUGAGAACCUUCUCGGAGUUGCACGAACUCGAGGAACUCUAUCUGCAAGAUAACGGGCUGCGCCGUCUGGAUCCUUACGCUUUAACCGCCUUGAAACGUCUGCGAGUGCUCGACCUGGCCAACAAUCACUUGAACGUGUUGCACGACAAAAUAUUCCAGGAAGGCUUGCCAAUCAGGACGCUGAACUUGAAGAACUGCACCGUCAGCGUGAUCGAGAACGGAGCUUUCAGGGGUCUGAACAAUCUUUACGAGUUGAAUCUGGAGCACAAUCAUCUGACCGCCACCGCGCUGGAUCGUCUGGACAUUCCGGGCUUGAGGGUUCUCAGGAUAUCUUACAAUAACUUUAGCCAAAUCGUCGGCAGCUCGUUGGACGGGCUGCCGUCUCUCCAGCAUCUCGCCAUGGACUCCUCCCAGCUGCAUCGCGUGCCGCCCGAGAUAUUCUCGAAGAACAAGAACCUGGCGAAACUCCUGCUGAGCAACAAUCUCCUUCGAAUGCUGCCGAGCGUCCUGUUCCUCGGGCUGGACUCUUUGAAGGAAGUGAAACUCGACGGCAACAGGUUCCAAGAGAUACCUUACGAAGUGUUCGCGAACGCCACCACGGUCGAGUUCUUGUCGCUGGCUAACAAUGUAAUCCUGAACGUGGACAUGUCACGGUUAAACGGAUUGGCCAGCCUGCGGGAACUCGAUCUGCGAGGUAAUUACAUCAUGGCCCUUUCGGGUUUCGCCGGCGUGAAUCUGUCCCGCCUGAUAUCCGUCGACCUCAGUCACAAUCACCUGACGGCCCUACCGGCUAACUUCUUCGCUCGCUCGAACUUGCUUCGAAAGGUUGAGCUGGCUGCCAACAAAUUUCAUCAGAUACCGGCGGUCGCCUUGUCCGCUCAAAAUGUUCCCAAUCUAGCCUGGCUGAACAUGACCGCCAAUCCUCUGGUCAGGAUACACGAGAUCAGCUCGAAAGCGAAGUAUCCCGCGCUUCAGGAGAUACACAUAUCGGGUACGAAUCUGACGAUCGUCACCAGCAAGGAUUUCGAAGCGUUCCCUGCGCUGAUGCACCUGUUCAUGGGCAACAACAUGAUCUCACGGGUAUCUCCGAGCGCGUUCCGAAGUUUGCUCGAAUUGUUGACCCUGGAUCUGAGCAUGAACGAGCUGGUACUGUUGCCACAGGAGAGAUUAAAGGGACUCGAGCACCUCAGGCUGCUUAAUCUUACGCACAAUCGAUUGAAAGAGCUGGAGGACUUCCCUCCGGACUUGAAAGCGCUGCAGGUAUUGGAUCUGUCGUAUAAUCAGAUCAGCGAAGUUGGUAAAAACACGUUUCAGCAUCUCGAGAAUCUGGCCGAGCUUCAUCUUUACGGCAAUUGGAUAUCCUCCAUCUCGCCGGACGCGUUCAAGCCGUUAAAGAAAUUGAGAAUCCUCGACUUGAGCAGGAAUUAUUUAGCCAAUCUACCGCUGAACGCCUUCAGACCGUUGGAAACGCAGAUUCGGAGUCUACGGGCGGAGGAGAAUCCACUGCACUGCGAUUGCGAGUCACAGGAGCUCUGGGAAUGGUUACGCGAUCAUCAGAAGCUGGUGGGUGGUGGGGUGGCUCGAAAUCGGGGUGGAUUACGAAUGAACGACAUGGACAGCGGAUUACUGAGGUGCCAACAGCCACCAGAGUUACGAGGGUUGGUGUUCCUCGACCUGGAUCCGCACGCUUUCUGUUCCGCUCCCCUCGUUCUGAAGCUAGCCAUCCAAGACAUCCAACCGUUCUCCGUGCUGGUAUCCUGGCAGAGCAGGAAUCACUCGGGUAUCCGUGGUUAUCAGGUGGCGUACCACUCUCUGGAAAACAUCGACGAGUUCCAGAUUCGAGCAAAAGUCCUGGAGCCCAGCUCGCGUUCCACGAAGCUGUCGAAGCUGUCCCCGAACACCCGCUACCUGAUCUGCGUGUUCGGACUGGGCAACUGGUUGAAUCAACGUCUGGACGACGACGCGAUGGAUCAGUUCAACUUCUCCAAUCACGAGACGUUCGAGCCGUCGUCGGACACGCAAAUGGUGGACUCGUCGACGAGUCGUUGCACGGAGGUGAAAACUUUGGAGGCGCCCGACGCCGUCAUCAGCAGCGACGGUUCCUCCAUGGGCGAUGUAGGCGGCGUCAGCAACUUCCUGACCAGGCGUCUGGGUCUCAUAGUCGGUUGCUGCAUGGGAUUCGUCGUGUUCCUGCUCCUCGUGUCCGUCCUCGGUUACCUCAAGGUGAAGAAGCAGAGAGAGACCGUGAAAAGGGAGCAGCCUAUCCCGCCGGAAUACAUAUCGUACAGACACUUCAGUAUACAGAGCGGAGAAGCUGGUCACGCUGCCAGACAGGCCAGUCAAGAGGGUCAACAUUCGAAUAACUUCAUCAACAACGUGGGCACCACUAACCUGAAUACGAACAAUCGACGACUUCUUCGUUUAGCAAUCGUAGUUCAGUUAGGAUCAGAUGCAUUGAUUCCGCUUGCUCUCUCGAGUGUAGAAGCGCUGUUCGCCAAAAACAAAACCGUCAUCAGCAGCGACGGUUCCUCCAUGGGCGAUGUAGGCGGCGUCAGCAACUUCCUGACCAGGCGUCUGGGUCUCAUAGUCGGUUGCUGCAUGGGAUUCGUCGUGUUCCUGCUCCUCGUGUCCGUCCUCGGUUACCUCAAGGUGAAGAAGCAGAGAGAGACCGUGAAAAGGGAGCAGCCUAUCCCGCCGGAAUACAUAUCGUACAGACACUUCAGUAUACAGAGCGGAGAAGCUGGUCACGCUGCCAGACAGGCCAGUCAAGAGGGUCAACAUUCGAAUAACUUCAUCAACAACGUGGGCACCACUAACCUGAAUGUAUGAGACAAGUCCAAAAACUCCCGACUCGUGGAGGUUUCGAACGUUUGAGCAGAUCGUGCGGACCCUGAUGGGUCCUCACGGUCUGCCCUCGAACGCGAAACCAUCCUGACUCGCGGUAGUUUUUCCUCCGAGAGAUAUCCAUGAUUCUCUGUCGAAUAUCAAGUCCUCCAGAAACAAAAGACUAUGUCAAUCCAAUAGAUCAACGAAGAACACUGCGUCACUGCGCGCACGAGUGGACUAGUUAACCGAGCAUUUUAUAUGUGAUUUUCUACGAAUCUUAACUUUCGAUGUAGCUUUAGCCGCGGCGGAGUGUGUAUGCGAAGUGAACCAGGCUGGAAUCGGCGGCGGUCCUCGAAGGAUCAACAGGGAACUCGAUUUACGUGGCGCGUCGCGUUCGUUGGACAAUUUAUGAGUAAACGUCGCGCAACUACGAGCCCCAUUCACGCUCGCUGAACAGGUGCAUUGUGUUUUCUAAAUGGCUCGGCACAACCGAUUCACGCUGCAACAGAGACAAUGCGACGCGUUGUUUCGAGCAAACGGGUUCUUGGAUUUCCGAUCGCAACGGGCUCAGACGGCGUUUCGGUUGGACGAUGACGAAUCGAGCCCGCGAUCGUGUUUGUACAUAAGUAGACGGGAAGAUGGAGGAGUUAAAUCGUUAGACGAACAAUCGACGACUUCUUCGUUUAGCAAUCGUAGUUCAGUUAGGAUCAGAUGCAUUGAUUCCGCUUGCUCUCUCGAGUGUAGAAGCGCUGUUCGCCAAAAACAAAAAACAAACAGAUCGAAACGUUUCGCGUUCGCGAAUCAAGCGGAACGAGUUUGAACGUAAUUUUCGAACAUCGUUGAUAGUUUACAUUGGCGAUUCGUGGAAACGAACAAUCGAGAUACUUGUGGGACUGUCCCCUUUGUUGUACCAUAGGUUAACCACAGAUGUUAUCGGAGAUACAUUGGAAAUUUAGAUUCCACCGUUGCGUAAAUGUCCAGCGAAUUGCGGUUCGGGUGAUAAAGAGAAAACCGAUCUGUCGCGAUUGAUACGGCUGAGCGCGAUCGCUCGAAUUGAGUGUGUGUAUUGUCGGCGUUCGAUUGCAUCUCGAA